AUGCAGCGCUCAGCAUUUUUCAUACUUUCGUUUCUGAGCGUCUUUGCCCUCUCCUGGCCCUACAGCGAGUCCCUCGCUGAUUAUAACCUGAACGAUAAUAAAGACGCUGACGGCCCUAUCGAUUACUGGGGAGUAUGGCCGGACCAUAAAUAUCAUCCGUCGCCAGAUAACUGGCGACUCCCUACAUAUACAAUCUUUUUGGACCGUAUCUCCAACGGCGAUCCCACCAACGAUGAUAUCAACGGGACCACCUUUGAGCAUGUGCUCAACUCUAAUCAGAUGCGCCACGGUGGUGAUCUGGAAGGCUUGAUAGAUACACUGGACUAUAUCCAGGGCAUGGGCUUCAAGGUCAUCUAUUUCGCCGGGACGUAUUUAAUGAACCUGCCCUGGGCCUACGAUGGGUACUCGCCAGUCGAUACCACUCUGCUCGACAUGCAUUUAGGCACACUGGAGGAUUGGAGGCGGACGAUCACCGAGAUUCACGAUCGAGGCAUACUGAGCAACCUGAUCGGGUUCAAAGGUCACCUGAAUGAUUCCGCCGAUUUCCGUGCACAAGAAUACCAAGUCGAAUGGGUCACAGACAGAAAAUACGCCGAUUUCCAAUUCGGUAACGAGUACAACGAAACAUGCAACUAUCCUCGUUUCUGGACCGAGGAUGGUUACCCGUUAAAAACCGGCGGGAUUGAAGACUUGAAGGGUUGCUAUGACAGUGAUUUCGAUCAGUACGGAGAGUUGGAGGCGUUUGGGAACUUCCCCGACUGGCAACGCCAACUCACGAAGUUUGCCUCAGUGCAGGAUCGCUUGCGUGAAUGGCACAAACCGGUUCGCGAUGUCCUCACUCGACACACCUGCCUGCAAAUAGCAAGUCUCGAUGUUGAUGGUUUCCGAUUUGAUAAGAGUGUUCAAUCGACACUUGAGCCCCUAAGUGAGAUGCUCCCUGUUUACCGUGAAUGUGCGAAGAAAUACGGCAAGAACAAUUUCUUCCUGCCCGGCGAGAUUACAUCUGGAGAUACCUUUGGUAGUCUCUACCUCGGCCGUGGUCGUCAGCCGAAUCAACGUCCGGAGUCGGCAGGCGCUGGUGUCAAGUUGACAAACAGCUCGGAUUCGUAUUUCCUAAGAGAGGACGGCUUGCAAGCAUUAGAUUCCUCCGCAUUCCACUACACAAUCUAUCGGUCGAUGACCCGUUUCCUGGGAAUAGACGGUAACUUGGCCGCCGGUUUCGAUUUGCCUACGGAUUUCAUUGAAGCCUGGAAUGAGAUGCUCAUCACGAAUGACUUUUUGAACGCAUUCACGGGAGAGCUGGAUCCCAGGCAUAUGUAUGGUGUUUCGAACCAGGAUAACUUCCGCUGGCCGGCGCUCCAGAAUGGCACAGACAAGUACCUCCUGGGUCUUUACAUCAUCUCGCUGGAGCUUCCAGGAAUUCCUCUCAUCCUUUGGGGCGAAGAGCAGGCCAUGUACGUAUUCGAUGCCACUGCAUCGAACUACAUGUUUGGCCGGCAGCCCAUGACCUACCAGACUGCCUGGUGGACAAAUGGUUGCUUCAACCUGAACACGUCUAAGUUCUAUGAUUUCCCGAUUGAAAAGGGACGAGAUGGCUGUCAUGAUAUCACCAUCACCUAUGACCAGCGCAAUCCGGCCCAUCCACUUCGAAACAUCAUGAAGCGAAUGUUCGAAAUUAGAGAGCACUACCCAGUCGCUCAGGAUGGUUUGUAUCUUAAGACAGUCGCCCAGCUCACCAAAGAUAUCUAUCUCCCUGGUUCAUCGACCACCCCUACGGUCACUGGCCUGUGGUCUGUCUUGCGAAGCUAUUUCCCUGGCGUUCAAAAGGAGGCAAUCCAGGGUAACGAGACCUUGUGGCUUGUGUACCAGAACGGAAACAAAACACAGACCUAUGGUGGCUCCUGCAGCGACAAAGAUACUGCGCUGUUGGCUCCAUUUGACUCGGGGACAAAAGUGAAGAAUUUGUUCUAUCCUUACGAUGAGGCCACUGUGGAAGAUGGUCCUGACAGCUCCUACGGAUGCGUCCGGAAAAUGAAGUUGCUUCCUUGGGAAUAUCGGGCUUAUGUGAAGACUGACAAGUUCGUUGAACCUGGUCCUACCGUCACAUCUUUCCUCCCUGGGCAUGAUGCACGCUUGCUGUCUCCGGAAGACUCGGGCGAAGAUGUUCCAAUUCAGCUUGGAUAUUCCAAGGAGAUGAAUUGUGAAAGUAUCACCAAAUCAAUUGUUCUCGAUUCGAAGACGCAAAAAGGGGUCAACGCUUCUCUCGAUACAUCCAGUGUCCACUGCACAAACAUCACUGCCCGGACGACGGAUAACAACUUUGUCGGAGAAAUCCCGACUACUUGGACAUGGUCUGCAACUUUGAACAAUGUUCAUCACGGAAUCCACCAACUGACUGUCAAAAAUGUUUCUUCGUCGGGUGUCUAUACCAAUUCGACCGACAAGUUUUUGAUUCGCGUUGGUGCCCACGACAACCCCUUGAUCUCGCCGCUUUUCAAUUACUCUUCCAGUCUGGUGCACAAAUCCGAGGACAGUCUCUACCUUACCCACAAUGCGGCUGGCGCGGACAAGUACCGAUACUCGUCUGAUUUCGGCCGGAGUUGGUCCAACUGGACGACUUAUUCAGGUGGAAACACGGAUAUCGACAUCCCGGCUUGGACUGGUAGGCAAAAAUGGGAGGGCACUCAUAUCCGCGUACAGUACUUCUCGAAGCUCACUGGAAGUAGCGACUACGUCCAGGAGGGUGAUUAUAAUUGGGAGAAAGGUACCUCGCGAAGAUUCCCUCACAUGUGGUUUAACGGCCCAUACAACCAGUACGGUUACGAUGCAGGACUGGAUAGUGAAGUGACCCUCGACCCCAAAACCUCUCGCUGGAAUUAUGACUUUGUCUACGAAUGGCCAGCAGUGGGACAAUUGAAUGUCUGGGGUGUGGGCAGUAAUGGCAUUCCGGAUACUACAGAAGUCUAUGGCGAUGUUAGCAACUCCUCUGUGGUUCAAAAGCUUCCUCCAUCCUAUCUCUCGUCCAAUGUGAUCAACAUCACUAAACUGCCACCGUUCCCGCACCUUGGAUGGACCAUUUCUCUCGACGAUGGAAACUUGAGCUAUGAGUUAAUUCCCAUCGGAUCCGGAUGGGCUCAGCUUGUUCUCUACAUUCUUCUUUGGGUUGUUCCCAUCCUCAUGGGUGCAGCUGGUGUCUACAUUUUCAUCUGCACUUUCUACCGUGUCAAGCUCAACAAAGAUGGCAAUGCCAUUAAAAAUGAUAAGAUGCCUUUCCUGUUUUACCGCCGUCUCAAAGAAAGACUUGGUGGAGAAAAUGAAUCACAGGACAACCUUUCGGAAAACGCUAUGCCGACAGAUCUCACUGUGGCCGGAGCGGCCGGAGCGGCCGACCAAAAGCGCACCGUAUUGAUCGCCACUAUGGAGUAUGACAUCUCAGACUGGAAGAUCAAAGUCAAGAUUGGCGGUCUGGGGGUCAUGGCACAGCUGAUGUCCCAGAACCUGAAGCACCAGAAUCUCAUCUGGGUGGUACCAUGUGUUGGUGAUAUCGAAUACCCCGGAGACACGCCAACUGAAGACUUUGUGGUGACGAUCCUGGACAAUCCCUACCUGGUUAAAGUGCAAUAUCACGUCGUGGAUAAUAUCACCUAUGUUCUCCUUGAUGCUCCGGUCUUCCGACAGCAAACCAAGGCAGAACCAUAUCCACCCCGCAUGGAUGACCUCGACAGUGCAAUCUACUACUCGGCCUGGAAUCAGUGUAUUGCGGAGGCAAUCAAGCGAAAUCCCUCCAUUGAUCUUUACCACAUCAACGACUUCCAUGGCUGUCUGGCACCGCUUUACCUGUUGCCGACACGAACUAUCCCAGUCUGCCUGUCCCUCCACAAUGCCGAAUUCCAGGGUCUCUGGGCACUGAGAACCCAGCAAGAGAAGAAGGAGGUCUGUUCAGUUUUCAAUCUUCCAGUUGAAACAGCAACAAAGUACUGUCAAUUUGGCAACGUGUUUAACCUGCUCCACACCGGCGCCAGUUAUUUGCGAUUCCACCAGCGCGGCUUCGGUGCAGUGGGUGUUUCCGAGAAGUACGGAAAGCGCUCAUGGGCCCGUUAUCCAAUUUUCUGGAGUCUGGGCAAGAUUGGCAGCCUUCCCAACCCAGAUCCCUCCGACACAGCCGCCUUGGAGAAGAACCCAGACGCGGAAGUUGCGGUUCAGUCUCACGACGAAUCCGUCAAUGACAAGCUGCAGGCACAGAAAUGGGCUGGUUUGAAGGAGGACCCCGAUGCUGACUUGCUGGUAUUUGUGGGACGAUGGUCGAAACAAAAGGGUGUCGACUUGAUUGCGGAUGUUAUGCCGGCAGUCCUGUCUGCCAGACCCCAGGUGCAAUUGAUCUGUAUUGGACCCAUCAUUGACCUUUAUGGCAAGCUGGCUGCUAUCAAGUUGGAGCGCAUUAUGGAAAUGUUCCCUGGCCGUGUGUUCUCUAGGCCAGAGUUUACGAUCCUUCCCCCCUUCGUGUUUUCCGGUGCCGACUUCGCCUUGAUCCCAUCUCGAGAUGAACCAUUCGGGUUGAUUGCAGUUGAGUUCGGCCGCAAAGGCGCGCUCGGUAUUGGCUCUCGCAUCGGAGGUCUAGGCCAGAUGCCUGGUUGGUGGUACACCGUGGAAUCUGAUUCGGCUCGCCAUCUCAUGCACCAAUUGAGGAUCGCCAUCAAGUCCGCUUUGGACUCAUCAGUAGAGACUAGAGCGGAAAUGCGUGCAAACUCUGCCAAGCAGCGAUUCCCCGUUCUCGAGUGGGUUCAGAAGCUCGAAGCAUUGCAACGGACCUCAAUCCAAAUCCAUCACGGAAAGAACCAGCAAACGGUGACAGGCCCACAACCAGAGACCCAGAGUGAAUGGGACAUGCAGGGCUUGCGAUAUUCAACCAUGAUGGGCCCAAUGUCACACCAGUCAGGAACGGAUACGCCACCAGUCAGAACAUCGGAGCCCGUUCAGCCCUCUCUUCUUGAGCUCCAGGCGGCCGAGGCUCAAGAAAUGCAAGCAGCCGACAACAACAGAAGCAGCACGCUGGGUCGUCAGCUCUCACUCGGUCGACGUGCUGGACCCGGACAGGACAGGAAGCGUCUCAUCAAGAAUUCUCUACGCGAGAGCCAGAUGCUAGAACAGCCGGUCGACGGCGAUACCACCGAUGCCGAGGAAGACGGUGCUGCUACGUCGCAAGAGAACCACAUCUCUCAUGAGGAGGCUAUGGCAGCGGUCAAUUCCAGUCUCAUAUCUCAAAAUCUCAGCCCUACCCAUAGGAAUUUCAGCCGUCAGUCUCGCGGCGAGUCUACCGUAUCAACCGACCCCUCCCGCUUCGUGUCCCGCGACUCUUCUCCAGUCAGAUCACCCGAUCCCGCCUAUGACCCCAGUUUUGGAAGAGCCGCUCCCUGGGCUCACAGUCGCAAUGUAUCUGUUCUCUCCUUGCCUUCUGUCGUCGCCGAUCAUGAUCAGCCCGUUUUCCACCUGCAAAAGGUCGACCCGACCUUUACAGACAGCAUGGGGCAUUUCACGCGACGUUUCGAGCAGCUUCUCACCAACCUCAACAAGAAAAAUUCGAGCACAGAUUACUGUAUCGAAGUUUACCUGAUGAAGAGUGAGCGCAAGUUCUUCAACAUGUACACCGACGCACAAUUGAAAAAGCACCCGAAGGAGCGUCCCAUGACUGGAGCCGGCUUGGACCACGCUGUCGAAAUGACACCCUACAACCGCGUCACAGACGCCUCCGAAGAUUCGGAAUCAAAUGGCACAGAUGAAAUCGAUCAGUGGCUCGCUCGUCUGGGCUACAAGAGACCCAUGGCUAUCCAGAGAUUCAUGAGAUGGCGCGUCGGAAAUUGGCCUGUCUACUCCCUGUUCUUGGGUCUCGGACAGAUCAUCGCAACGAACUCGGCACAGAUCACCCUGUUGACUGGCCAAGUGGGCGAGACCGCAACCAAGCUCUACAUUAUCGCGGCAAUUUACUGCGUCUCUUCUAUCGUUUGGUGGUUCCUCUUUUUCCGCUUCCCGUCGGUGACAGUUCUCACCGUCCCAUGGUUCAUUUACUCCAUUGCGUUCAUCAUCAUCGGUGUGUCGCCGUUUGGUCUUACGUCUCUCGGUCGAGAAUGGGCACAGAAUGUUGCCGCGGGUGUCUAUGCCGCUGCAUCUUCGAGCGGUUCCUUGUUCUUUGCCCUUAACUUUGGUGAUCAAGGUGCAGUCCCUGUGAAAGAUUGGAUGUUCCGCGCCAGUCUCAUCCAGGGUAUCUCGCAACUUUACACCGUGGCUUUGUGGUACUGGAGCUCUAGGGUCACUGCGGUGCAAGUCGGGGGUGUUUCUACACUUGCUUUGAGCUCGUGGAGAGUCGCAGCUGUGGUCAUGCCUAUUGCCCUUGUGUGCUUCAUUAUCGGUGUGCUUCUUGCUCUGGGCUUGCCCAAGUACUAUCGUCAAGCUCCCGGCAAGAUCCUCUUCUUCUACACUUCCCUCUUCCGUCGACGCAUUGUUCUCUGGUUCUUCUUCAUGGUCAUUGUCCAGAACUGGUUCCUCGCCGCGGCGACCGGUCGUAAUUGGUCAUUCCUCUGGUCCUCCCAACACACCAAGACAUGGGAGGUCGUGGUCAUAGUGGUAGCAUUUUUCAUCGUUCUCUGGAUCGCUCUGAUGUUCUUGUUCAAAAUCUUGUCCAAGGAGCAUAGUUGGAUUUUACCCGUCUUCGGUCUCAGUAUUGGUGCACCUCGGUGGGCGCAAACGUGGUGGGGAACAUCUGAUAUUGGCUACUACCUCCCAUGGGCUGGAAGUCUGACAUCUGGUGCCAUCGCGUCCCGAUGUCUCUGGCUCUGGCUUGGCGUUCUCGAUGAGAUCCAGCAAGUCGGUUUGGGAAUGAUUCUUCUACAGACUUUGACAAGAGUGCACGUCUGCUUUGUCCUAUUGGCCGCUCAGUCCAUUGGAUCUAUUGCCACAAUCUGUGCUCGUGGAUUCGCGCCCAACAACAUCGGACCGGCAGGCAUUUCUCCAGCUGUGGGCACAGGGUUGGAUAAACUCGGUAAUGCGUGGUUCUGGGUUGCCCUCUUCUUCCAGCUUCUGGCUAGCUUUGGUUUCCUUCUGUUCUAUCGCCGCGAGCAAUUGAAUCGGCCCUAAGUCAUGAGUCAAAUCUUAGCAUAAUAGGCUGAGCACAUUUUGUAUAAUAAUCAAUCUUUAGAAUGCCUUUUUGGAGAACCUGGGUGGCCGUUUGUUGCAAUAGGUGUAUAUGUAUGAUAUGCGGACAGUCUCGCUAGUGAAAAGAACAAUUAUACCAAGUAGUAAUCU